AUGUCGGCAUGUGCGUCUGGUAAGUCCGAGGUUGUGGAGUUUCUCCUUGCUAAUGGAGCAAGAGUGGACGCCAGAGACAACAAACAAAGGACAGCUUUGCACUUUUCAGCUGCUAACAACUCUCUUGAUGUGGUGAUGCUCCUGGUUCGAUCGGGUGCUCGGAUUUACGACGAAGACGACGGUGGACUUAUGUCACUUCAUUACGCUUCUCAAAAUGGCCGAAAUAAAAUCAUCUUUUUUCUCAUCGAACAUGGAUGCGAUGUGAAUCAUCUCACAGGUGACACCUAUGAAGAUACGGAAAGAAGCCUAACAGGCUCCACAGCCCUACAUUUCGCAGCGCAAAAUGGACACAACGAGACGAUACUUCUCCUACUAAGAAAGGGUGCUAAGGUUGAUAGCAUUAAUUUGAAUGGUCAAACCCCUCUUAUGUUGGCAGCUAAACGCGGUCAUGUGACUACUGUGGAACUACUUCUGCGUAGAGGAGCUGAUAUUAAUGCCCUCGAUGUCUAUCAAAACACCGUCCUGGAAAUCGCAGUCCUAGCUAAGACAUUGUGUGUGGCUAAGCUGCUAAUUCAACGUGGAAUCAACACAGUUGGUUUUGUUCGAUCAAUGUCCUGCGAGCGCUUACUCACUGACGCGAUAAGUGGCGGAGACAGAGAUCUAUUACAAACUCUCAUAAACGUGCAAGAUUCAGUUAAGGAGAAACUUCAGGAGAUUCGUGUUAGUCCAUGGGACAAGACGUUGCUGCAUGUAGCGGCGGAAACUAAGGGCAAUUUUCAAGUCAUUGAUCUGCUCACCGAGAUAUUUCCUGAAGUAAAUGUAAAGACUCCGCGGGGGAAGACGCCGUUACAUUGCGCAGCGGAUGUGAACAUCGCCAGGAAACUUCUGGAGACUGGAGCCAAAGUUAACGAAACGUAAGUAAAAGCUCAUCUUGAUUGUUUCUAUUAAGGCGUGCCAGAUAAGAAAUAUUAGAACAAGAGGUAUGAAAGAGGUACUUACUCGGCAGAGUGACCUCAUAGGUCCUACUCUCGUACUAUAUAGUAGCUUAUAAAGAAGACAUAGAAGUAUCAAUGAAGGAGAGGGUGGUGGGGGGGUUAGAUUGUGACAGGAAAAGCUGGCCUGAACGUAUGGUAAUCACCAGCAGAAUCUACCUCAAAUGACCGUGCAGACAACAUGCAUUAAACAUCAUUCAUUAAUAGCGCGGGUUAGCAUCGCACAAACUGAACAGAUGAUCUAAAUAAAAUGCUCGGGAAUUUGAAUUAAUCGAUUAGAGUAAAAUGCUCGUUUGAGCUCUCUUUACGACAGAUAAGAUCCGAUGGAUUAUAAUUUUUCUUUCCUUCUUUUUUUUCCGGAAGUUGUCAACCUAAGAAGUCAUUAUUUAAUGACAGUGGUCAGUUUUUUGGUUCUUGGCAUCAGGGCCUUUUAAGAAAACUUCUAACAAAAUAUAAUCAGACUGAUUUUAAAAAUCUGCUGUUCCAGAUGUCGCCUGUCAGUAGAAGCAUAGGAGCAAACACCCUCGUUGCAUGCAAACAAUGCCUGAGUUAUGCUAUUUAUUUCCACAGUGAUCAAUUUGGAGAGACACCCGCCAUGGCCGCCGCGAGGAACAAUCAUUGGGACGUAGUGGAAUUUCUCAUCAUAUACAACAGUUGCGUCACAAAUACAUCAAACAAGUUUGGUCAAACCUUGCAUAGUAUGGCCACGCUUUGGGAAGCUCCUUCUUCAGUGAAA